ACCUGACAGGCUGCAUCACACACACACACUCAGCAGGAGAAUCACUCCUUCAAACCGAACACACAGCAGGAGAAUCACUCCAUCAAACACCGUCUAACGUCUUCUGUUUCAUACCUUUUUCUGGCUUUUUCUGGAAGAGGAAGAUGCCUCUCCAGUCCAGACUUUCGGGCCGGGGCACCGACCCCAAAAAGCCCGUGGACACACAGUCGGACGGGAAGACUUUUGAGGAGCUGAGGCACGAGUGUCUGCUAAAGGGAGUCCUGUUUGAGGACCAAGACUUCCCCGCUGAAGACUCCUCGCUCUACUACAGCCAGAGCGUGCCUGUCAACAUCGAAUGGAAGAGACCAAAGGAGAUCUGUGAAAACCCAAAGUUCAUCGUGGGGGGUGCAGACAGGACGGACAUCUGCCAAGGACAGCUGGGUGACUGCUGGCUCCUGGCAGCCAUCGCGUCCUUGACCCUCAAAAAAGAUGCCAUGGCCCGAGUCGUGCCCCCCAACCAGGACUUUGACAACAGAUACGCCGGCAUCUUUCACUUCCAGUUCUGGAAUCAUAACCAAUGGCUGGACGUGGUGGUGGACGACCGGCUGCCGGCAGUCAGGAACAAACUCAUCAUGGUCCACUCGGCCUCCAACAACGAGUUCUGGAGCGCCUUGCUGGAGAAAGCCUACGCCAAACUUCACGGCAGCUACGAGUCCCUGAAGGGCGGCAGCACCAUGGAGGCCAUGGAGGAUUUCACCGGAGGCGUCGGGGAAGUCUACGAAACCAAGAAAUCUCCCGACAACCUGUUCCACAUCAUGAAGAAGGCGAUGGACCGGGGAUCCAUGAUGGGAUGCUCCAUCGAUAUCACCAGCUCUGCAGAGUCCGAGGCGAAGACGAGCACCGGCCUGGUGAAGGGACACGCCUACUCCAUCACCGGCCUGGAGGAGGUGACUGUCAGAGGUCAGAAGGUCCAGCUGAUCCGGAUCAGAAACCCCUGGGGUCAGGUCGAGUGGAACGGCCCCUGGAGUGAUAGCUCCAGAGAGUGGGGCUAUGUGAGCGCAGCGGACAAAAAUCGCCUCCUGCAGAAUUCAGAUAACGGUGAAUUCUGGAUGGAGUUUGAAGACUUCAAGAAGAACUACGAUAAGGCGGAGAUCUGCAACAUGACCCCCGACUCUCUGACGGACGACACCAAGCGCCACUGGGAGGUCAACAUGCUGGAGGGGAACUGGAUCAGAGGCUCCACCGCAGGGGGCUGCAGGAACUUCAUCGACACGUUUUGGACCAACCCGCAGUUCAAGCUGGAGCUGGAAGACGCUGAUGAUGACGAUGACGUCUGCAGCGUGAUGAUCGCUCUGAUGCAGAAGAACAGGAGGAAGCUGAGGAAGGAGGGCAUGGACCUGGAGACCAUCGGAUUCGCUGUAUACGAGGCUCCAGACGACCAGGACCAGGCGGGGAAAGACUUCUUCCGCUACCACCCCUCCAAGGCUCGCAGCAGGACCUACGUCAACAUGCGGGAGAUCUCCGAGCGCUUCACUCUGCCUCCGGGGAAAUAUCUGCUGGUUCCUACGACCUUCCAGCCGCACCACGAGGCCGACUUCAUCAUCAGGAUCUUCUCCGAGAAGAAGGCCGGGGCUCUGGAGAUGGGGAGCAACGUCGAUGCUGACCUGCCAGAUCCGCCCAUGCCCUCUGAACCUGACGAGGAGACGGACGAGGAGAAAGGUCUGAGACGUCUGUUCGAAGCGCUGGCUGGAGAUGACGAGGCGAUCUCCGUCAGAGAGCUCAAGGAGAUGCUCGACGGCGUUCUCAGCAGAAGAAAAGAGAUCAAGUUUGACGGCCUGAGUCUCAGCACCUGCCACAGCAUCAUCAACCUGAUGGACGUGGAUAACACCGGGCAGCUGGAGUUCCAGGAGUUCAAGGUCUUCUGGGAGAAGAUGAAGAAGUGGAUUAUGCUCUUCCUCUCCUUCGACACCGACCGCUCCGGGAAGAUGUCGUCCUACGAGCUGCGCAUCGCUCUCAAAGCUGCAGGCAUGCAGCUGAACAACAAACUGCUGCAGCUCAUCGGUUUGAGGUUCGCUGACGAAAACUACGACAUCGACUUCGACGACUACCUGACCUGCAUCGUGCGUCUGGAGAACAUGUUCAGAGCGUUCCAGGCUAUGGACCAAAGGAAGAGCGGCCGGGUGAAGAUGAACAUCAUGCAGUUCCUGAUGUUGUCGAUGAACGUCUGAGGAGGAAACAGAAGCCACAAGAACAAAGUGUGUGUUGAAUAUUCUCUGUAACGGUGCAUCUUUCUGUUUCUGUUUUUUAAUGUGAGAAUCCGUCUGCAGGGGGGGGGGGGGGGGGGACUUUGGGAUCAAAAUGUUAACAUUUGCAGAGUCAUAGUUUUUGACUUAAAACAUGUUUUAUUUUCUCUCUGCGCGAAUGGAAAUAAAUAUUGAAUAAAACGCAAGGCUUGAAUGUGCAAAUAUGCUACUGAGUUGGAUCAUGACUUAUUGUCUAAGCAGGACUAAAUAAAAAUUGAGAUAGUCAGUUCCAUAA